GUUCGACUCGUUGAACCCGAAGUUCAACUUUGUAUUUGACACUUUACGUAUGUUUUUUUUUCCUGAGUGGGGUUGUCGAUACGUUGCAGGUGCUCUGACCACACAGCUUCCACUCAUGUUCGCUCAUUGAUUUUCGUCUCCGUGAACGAAUCGGACCACAAUCAUCAAACUAUAAAAAGGUUACCUGUGCUUCAGUGCGGGACAUCGGUAGGUGAGUGUCAAAGGGCUGCCACAGGUGACAUACCAGGAAGAGACGUCCAGCCGGCCAACUCCGCAAAGGUUUAAAAUGGCCUUUGGCUUCAAGGUUUUACGAGCCACCAUUUUCGUGGCUGGAAUCGGAGUCCUGGUUUUGAUGUAUUUGAAGUCAUCUCCUGCUCCAAAAUGCCGACCUCCUCCGGUUCAUUCAGCUCAACUGACCACGAAGACAGACAGGCCUCUAAUGCUGCUGUGGUUCUGGCCUGAAAACAAAAAGUUUGAUUUUCAAGACUGUAAGACGCUUUUCCAGAUUGACGACUGCACCCUCACAGAUGACAGGUCGUUAUACUCCAGAGCUCAUAACGUUUUGGUGUACCACGCGGCUAUCCAGGACGACCUCUCCAACCUUCCCACCUCACCUCGACCAAAGUUCCAGAGGUGGAUCUGGUUCAACAACGGCACCCAUACAAACACGAGCAGAAUAGAAGGCAUCCAAAGCCUUUUUAACUUAACCUUGAGCUACAGGAAGGAUUCAGAUAUCCAGGUCCGCUGGCAACUUACUCAGAAGAGGAAUUCUGAUGAAAAUUUUGCACUGCCCAAAAAAGAACGAUUGCUUUGUUGGAUUGUGGAUGAUGAAGACCUCGCCACAAAGUCAGGGGAGAGAUACAGCUACUACAGAGAGCUAAUAAAACACAUCAAGGUAGAUGUUUUCCAGAGCUCCUCUGUCAAAGGGGACACCUAUUUCCUGACCAUUAGCAGCUGCAAAUUCUACCUUUCCUUUGAGAAUUCAAUUAACAGAGAUUACAUUACAGAAACGUUCAACGGACCUCUUGCAUCUGGCACCGUGCCGAUAGUUUUAGGCCCACCGAGAAAGAACUAUGAGGAUUUUGCCUACGGUACUUCCUUCAUACAUGUAAACGACUUUCCUAAUGCCUUGGCACUAGCUCAGUUCCUCCAGAAGCUGGAUAAGGACAAUGAGGCUUAUAUGAAAUACUUUAAUUGGCGGCGAUUCUUCACUGCGAUACGUCAUCCUACUGACGAGAAGCACAAGUUUGCCCACGCUAUCUGCCAGGCUUGUCUUCACGUCGGCAUUUACAAUAAUUACAGAGUUGUACCUGAUCUGAAUAAGUGGCUUUUAUUGUAACACUGUUAUUGAUUAAUCGUUCCCCUGAAAUGUUUUACAACACAAAUCGGUAUCUAUUCAGAGGAGAUCUUUAGAAUCUGUAACCUUUGGCUUUUCUCAUGGUUAAAGCUUUUAAUGACAAGAAAAACAGCCCUGUAUUUUUCACAAUUCCUUACUUUUAAAAAAUUCAGAAUCUUUUCAGCCAAUGAAGUGGCCUAUGAUCCUUUAGGUAAAUUACAAAACUCACUCACUCUCAUUUCUGUGAGAGAAGACCCUUUAAAAAAGUGAAACAAAAAAAUAUAUACUUGGAUUCUACACACAUUUUUCACGUUAUGUGUAAUACUUUUCCUUUUUUCAAACUCAGGUGGUUUUAUAUUAUGUGUCUUUUAUUACUUUUUAUAACUCUGUUCUUGCUCUUUCUUCCUCAAUUAUCCUUCUGAUUUAGCAUUUGAGCUUCUGUUAGAUACAUAUGUAUGUAUAUAUGUACGUUUCAGCUAAGUGACCUUAUUGCACUCAUCUCCCAGGUUACCCAGCCACGCCACGGAGGAGUCAGGUAUCUACAAAACUAAGACUCAUCAGUGGUACAAAAGGCAAUAGGAGCUCCUUGUUACAUCUUGUUUUCAUUUUUGCUUGUAUAUUAUCUUACUUAAUCUUAUUUAAUUUUAUUCUAUUCUUAUAUUGCACCAACCUUUAAAGACAAAUUCUUCUGUGUAUAACAUAUGUGACAAUAAAAGGCUUCUGAUGC